AUACUAUUAUUCUAUAUUUGGUUUGGUUUGGUUUGAUUUUAAAUUUUGAAAACUGAUACUAUUUGAUUGGUUUUACUAAAAAGAUUGCGAAUAUAACCAAAUUGACCUGAUUCUUUCUUACUAUCAAUCAGACAGACACCAAUCUUAACGAUUCCAACAAAUUUAAGAUUCAAAUUGCUUCUCCCUAUACAUUGAAGAGUUUUAAAAUUCAAAUUGUUUCUCCCUGUUUGUCAAAAUUUUUAGAAGUUACAUAAUGAAUAUUUCUCCACACCGUGCUCUUUUGAGAAUCUGAGAUUGAGUACAUUAAAUUAUUUUAAGUGAAAAGGGUCUAAAAAAUAUUUCAAUUUUGACCGAAAUUGUUGUUACGAUAUCAAACUUUAUGGAGGACCUUUUACCCCUACACUAAUUUAAUAGUGUAUUUUAAAGGUAUAUACAUGUGCCCACGUGAAAACGUUACUAUUUAAAAUUAUGAAAUAUUUAUGAUGUCCUAGCCUCCCCCCCCUUCUUUUACUUUUUUCUUUGAAAGUCUUUUCUCUUUAUUAAUAAAACUAGCCCAAGGCACACCUUGCAUAACGGAAUUGCUUAAAUUUUUUUGGAUAUCCUUUCUUAUAUAUAGUAGUACUAAUAAAAAAAAAUUAUUUUGCAAAGUUUUAACUAUAAAAAACAAAAUUGGUAAGUUGCAAUUCUCAACUAGACGGAUAAUAAAUCACUCUAAAUUUUUUGAAAAUUGGACUUUUUUUUGUAACGAGCAUCAAAUAAUGUAAUUUAACAACUACUGAAGUAGGUGAAGCUGUGCACUAUCAUGAUUCAAAUCCAGACAAGAUUUUAAUAGCUAUACUUAUAAAUGUUAAAAUGGUCAAAAUUUAUUCUUUACUUCGAGAAAAAAUCAAUUUUAUUCUUCCUUAUUAUACUAUUAAAAUUUAAAAUUACACUACCAUUACUUGAAUAAUUCAAAGUUAAAUUUAAAAGGUGAAUACUUGAUCCAAUAUAAUAGCAAACAUUUUGAAGAAACAAAUAUUACAUGUCAAGUCAUCUCAAUGUCCCAACCCAUUUUAGCCUCCCCUCCACUUGUUCUUCCGCCAUUAAUGUUUCUAUUCUUAUAACAAUCACUAAUAUUGUGUGGUUAAAAAGGGUGAAGUGUUGUGCUUAAAUGAGAAGAAAAUUAUUUAUCUAGAUGAAAAUAAUUAGUGAUGGAAGAACAAGUAAAAGGAAGAGGUAAAAUGCGUUAGGCUAUCGACUCACGCUGAAAGCCUCGGGAGUCGUGUCAACUAUGUCACUAGCCUAAAACGACUCUUCUAGAGCUGAUGGUAGCAUAAGAACUGGAUUGUGAGGUCAUCCUCCUUUAACUUCUAGUAAAAAAUGACAGUUCAAGGUUCAAAAGCUCCAAAAUACUAAAACUCGUAUAAUUUUUUUAAAAUGGUGUUGAUAUAUCUAGAGUCGAUAUUAUAUUUCGAAAUGAUUUCCGUUACACAAUCAAUAUCUGUAAAGCUUUCAUAGAAAAAUUUAUUUACUUCUGUACUUCCAUCCAAUUGAUGUAGCCUAUUUUUUAGGUUCGGGUGGUUCUACCUAUCUGGAGCAUGGGAGUCCUGAUGUUGAGAAUGAUAGUCGAAUGAUGAAUUCAUCUACAACACACCCUUAUGGUCGUACUCUUGUUCCUUCCUGGAAAUAUUGCAUGCUGGGCUAUUAUGUUGAUGCACCAGUGGAUUGGUAUUAUGAAGAAUGUGAUAUUGGAAAAGGGAGAAUGUCUUCAUCAAGCGGGCUAGAAAAUCUGCCUUAUGAGGGAUCCAAGUUACAUGCCUCUCAAAAGAUUUGUCAGAGUACUGUGCAACCGAAGAAACAUAGUGAAUUUCCUGGUGGACAACGUAUCAACUGGGAAAAAGAGGUACGGACCGGAACAAUGAGAUAUCUACAUGUUGAAGAAGCACUUGAUCUGUCGUCAAACAUCAAGAAAUAUGAAUCUCCGCUGAUAGACACGGUCUCCUCAAGGGUUGUGUUAACCAAAUUCAUGGCAACCAUGACUCAAGGGAUUUUUAGCAAAAUUCAUUUACUUCUGUACUUCCAUCCCAUUGAUGUAGCCUAUUUUUUAUGUCUGAAUGGUUCUACUAGUCUGGAGCAAAGGAGUCCUGAUAUUGUGAAUAAGAGUCGAAUGAUGAAUUCAUCUAUGACACACCCUUGUGAUCCUGCUCUAGUUCCUUCCCAGAAAUAUUGCAUGCUGGGCAAUUAUGUUGAUGCACCAGUGGAUUGGUGUUGUGAAGAAUGUGAUAUUGGAAAAGGGAGAAUAUCUUCAUCAAGCGGUCUAGAAAAUCUGCAUUAUGAGGGAUCCAAUUUACAUGCCUCUCAAAAGCUUUGUCAGAGUACUGUGCAACCAAAGAAACAUAGUAAGUUUCCUCGUGGACAUUGUAUCAACUGGGAAAAGGAGGUACGGACCGGAAAAAUAAGAUAUCUACUUGUUGAAGAAGCACCUAGUCCGUCAUCAAGCAUCAUGAAAUAUGGAUCUCCGCUGAUAGAUACGACCUCUUCAAGGGUUGUGAUAACCAAAUCAAUAGCAACCAUGACUCGAGGUAUUUUUCGCAAAAUUUAUUUACUCAUGUGCUUCCAUCCAAUUGAUGUAGCCUAUUUAUUAGGAUUGAAUAGUUCUGCUAGUCUGGAGCAAAGGAGUCCUGACGUUGUGAAUAAGAGUCGAAUGAUGAAUUCAUCUAUGACACACCCUUGUGAUCCUGCUCUAGUUCCUUCGCAGAAAUAUUGCAUGUUGGGCUAUUAUCUUGAUGCACCAGCAGAUUGGUGUUAUGAAGAAUGUGAUAUUGGAAAAGGGAGAAUGUCUUCAUCAAGUGGACUAGAAAAUCUGCAUUAUGAGGGCUCCAAGUUACAUGCGUCUCAAAAGAUUUGUCAGAGUACUGUGCAACCAAAGAAACAUAGUAAGUUUCCUGGUGGACAUCGUAUCAACUGGAAAAAAGAGGUACGGACCGGAAAAAUGAGAUAUCUACCUGUUGAAGAAGCACCUGGUCUGUCAUCAAUCAUGAAGACAUAUGGAUCUCCGCUGAUAGAUACAGUCUCCUCAAGGGUUGUGUUAACCAAAUCCAUUGAAACCGUGACUCGAGGAAUUUUUAGCAAAAUUUAUUUACUUCCGAGCUUCAAUCCAAUUGAUGUAGCCUAUUUUUUAGGUUUGAAUGGUUCUACUAUUCUGGAACAAAGGAGUCAUGAUAUUGUGAAUAAGUGUCGAAUGAUGAACAUGACACACCCUUGUGAUUCUGCUCUAGUUUCUUCCCAGAAAUAUAGCAUGUGGCGCUAUUAUGUUGAUGCACCAGUAGAUUGGUGUUGUGAAGAAUGUGAUAUUGAAAAUGGGGAAAUGUCGUCAUCGAGGGGACUAAAAAAUCUGCCCUAUGAGGGAUCAAAGUUACAUGCCUCUGAAAAGAUUUGUCAGAGUACUGUGCAACCAAAGAAACAUAGUAAGUUUCCUGGUGAACAUCAUAUCAACUGGGAAAAAGAGGUACGGACAGGAAAAAUGAGAUAUCUACAUGUUGAAGAAGCACUUGAUCUGUCGUCAAACAUCAAGAAAUAUGAAUCUCCGCUGAUAAAUACGGUCUCCUCAAGGGCUGUGUUAACCGAAUUCAUGGCAACCAUGACUCAAGGGAUUUUUAGCAAAAUUUAUUUACUUCUGUACUUCCAUCCCAUUGAUGUAGCCUAUUUUUUAAGUCUGAAUGGUUCUACUAGUCUGGACCAAAGGAGUCCCGAUAUUGUGAAUAAGAGUCGAAUGAUGAAUUCAUCUAUGACACACCCUUGUGGUCCUGCUCUAGUUCCUUCCCAGAAGGGAAGUUUUGACAUCUUAGGUGAUUUAGAAAUUGUCGUCGGGAUGCUCAAUAAUUGUAUCCAGGCUCAUACUCCUAGAGUUAGACGUAAGGUGUAUGAGUUCUCAGGUCUUUUGCCUGAUACUCUUAAAUUUGAACUUGUUCUCCGUGGGGAUAUUUGGGAAAGUAUAUUCAACAACCAUAUUCCGAGUAAAGAAGAUAUAUGAUUGUAUCUUUAUUGGAGUUUAUGCGCAGCAAAAAUCUGGUGAUGAGAACGCUUAUAAAUGAUUUUAUGCUCCUUAUACUUGCAUCCACAACCCUGUGCAGUGAUUCUCAAAAAAAAACUGUGAUUUUUGCGGUGAUACAGGUUUUGGAAAAGCAAUUCUACCUGUUAUCAGUGUAAUAAUGUUGACGUGCAUCAAUAUUGCAUGCAGUGGGGUAUUAUGUUGAUGGACCAAUGGAUUGGUGUUGUGAAGAAUGUGAUAUUGACAAAGGGAUAAUGUCUUCAUCGAGUGGACUAGAAAAUGUGCAUUGUGAGGAUCCAAUUUACAUCCCUGCGUAAGUUUCCUGAUGGACAUCGUAUUAAUUGGGAAAAGGCGGUACAUACUUGGGAAAAUGAGAUAUCUACCUAUUGAAAAAGGACCUGGUCAAGAGAGAAGUGCUAGUGCUUGUGUCAACUGUGUGCUUUCAAACUAUGGAUUGGUUGUUUGUGUCAAAGCCUUUAGUCUCACUUUAGAGCAUUCAGUUAGAGGAAUGUCACCUGAUUUAUGUCAUGCAUUUGUGUCUUUUUAUAAUAGUGAAUUUAAUUUCAAAAUUUCUAAUUAUAA